CUUCAGCCACAAGUCCGUCUGAGUCAUUUCAAACUUCAGGAACAGAAAGCAAGAGGUUUUGUGCUACAGUCUCUUUCAGAUUACAAAAAUCCACGCAGAUUCAUCUAGUGAUCUGAUGCUGAGAAUGGACACAACUAAUGAGACAAUGGCAAGGGUAGUUGAAAACUCGGCGCCGGAUGUGACACAACAGUCCAGCGAUGGACAAAGCACUGAAUACCUCUACAUCUUAAUAGUCAUGUCUUUCUAUGGGAUAUUCCUGAUGGGAAUCAUGCUGGUGUACAUGAGAUCCAAAAGAAGGGAGAAGGAGUCCAAUCUAUUGAUGCUCUACAAGGACGAGGAGUGGCAGUGGAUGGAAACCAGAAAGAGCACACCAAUCUUGUCUGUGCCUAAGUCCUUCCAGAAUUCUAACAUACUCAAUGUUCUCCAGGAAAGUGUGGUUCCAGCCCUGUCUUGUUCUUCUUGCCAAAUAGAAGGGAGCAGCUUGAGUUCAGAGUCGUCAUGCUCUGAUGUACCCUUCACCAUAAAAGAGGAAGUUACAGAAAGUCUUCUUCAAGAGGGACAUGAGCCUGAAGAUAAGGCAGAGAAGAGGCAGAUUUCCUAGCGAUGCUGAGAUCAAGGAAAAUUAAUUGGUUUAUGAAUCUUUAGGCUCAGUGUACAUGAGACAGUAACCCUGUCUUGUAGAGCCAAGUUGGCAGAUAGUUCCUUCUACUGAGGGAAAGUGCAACUGCAGAGAACACUCAACCGUGUGAGUGUGUAAUGGCUUAAAGCAGUGUUCACUCAGUUUGAACAGAACUGAAACAUCUUCAAGUGUUUGACAACACAUAAUAGACUUGGCCUGGUCUGCAGAAAGUGACAGGUGAUACCCUGUUUAGGGUCCCCAGCGGGACAUUUAUACCAUGUAUGAGUAAGGAUGUCAUACAACGGAACUGAGCAAUGUGAAACUGAAAAGGCAAUGGGAAAAAAAUGUUUGUUAAAAUAUAUUAUUUAUGUGCAUAAGGUCACUUUCCAAUAAGUUUGGACUAUAGUAAUAUCUAAUUAUAUUAAGGUUUGAUGCUAUUGACUCUGGGGCUUGCAGAAGAUGGGAGAACUAGCUCACUUACAGCUGUUAUAGAGUCACGGAAAGUGAUAAGAACGAAGUUACUCUGCAUUUUUAGUUCCUUGCUCAUUGCUUGGCUUUGUUUUAUGUUCAAAGUAAUAAUACGUGAUCCUGGUGUGGAAAGAUUUCAAGUCACAGAAUAUAAUCAACAAAUUCUACAGCUUCUUGGCAUGAUUCACUAUCUAAGGAUUGUAAUGUUCCCAUAAAAAAAUGUUUGGAUGAUAUAUCAGAAGGUCCAGCGGAACCUUUCAUGUCUGAGAACUGGAACGAAGUGUAAAGCUGGGGCAAAGUUCUAAAAGUGUAGCAUUUUACAGGAAUUUUCCAUUGGUUUCCAUGGUUAUUUCUCUACUUUUAGAACACGGCACUUCAAUUAUUCUACAUUAAUAAACCAAUGACUUAAUGAAUUAAUGUUGACAAUUGCACCUUGAUGACUCCCCUAUCCUGAGACCAGAAUUGAAAUUAAAUAUAUCAUAUGACCUAUUCCUACAUAUUCAAGCAUAAUUCUCAAUCUUUAAGAAUAUGAGCAGAGAUAAUACCACUCAAUGCAUCUGGAGAGGAGAAGUCAGUACAUGGACUCUACAAAUCCCAAAUGAUUCUGCACCAGGAUUAUAAAAUAAUAAAAAAGUGACUUUAACUUGGGAUGACAUUCAAUUUUAACAUGAUACAAAAAAGUAGGCUGACAUUGUAAGCAUUAGGUCAUCUAUUGAAAUAUUAUUUUGCCUGUUAUAAUAUAAAUUGUUAUGCAUGUAAAAUUAACCAAGUUUACAAAAAUAUAAAAUAUCCAGACAAGGUUACAGAAAAUCCAAUUCGCUUGCAGUGACCACGUAAUAGCCAUUAGAAAUCCAGCCAUUUACAUUAUAUUUUUUAUAAA